UUCAGUCUGCGAAACGACGAUUCUUCGUUGAGUGAACGUCGCCAAAUGGUUCCCUGCUCAUUGAAACUGAACCCCGGGUGGAUUUAAACUUUCACAGGAUCAAUCAUGUCAACAGCCUUGGAAAGUUACAUUAACCGGACCGUGGCCAUCAUCACGUCGGACGGGAGAAUGAUAGUGGGCACGCUGAAGGGUUUCGAUCAGACCAUCAACCUGAUCUUGGAUGAGAGCCACGAGCGGGUGUUUAGUUCAUCUCAAGGAGUGGAGCAGGUGGUUCUUGGACUGUAUAUAGUCAGAGGAGACAAUGUUGCAGUGAUUGGAGAGAUUGAUGAAGAAACAGAUUCUGCCCUGGACCUUGGCAACAUCCGAGCUGAACCUCUCAACUCUGUAGUCCACUAAUGGAUUGCCUACUGCAUAACCACCCCACUCACCAGACACCACACACACACACACACACACACACACACUCAUAUGCAUGCACACACGCUAGGCCAACUCGCACUGCCUCAGCAACUGUAAACAAACCCUGCGGUCAGAUGGUAAGCAAGUUACGGUUCUGUAAAAGACCAGAGUCUCUCCCAACACUCUACACCCAGUAGCCUGAUUUAGAAUGUCGGGAAUUCUAGUUCGUUGGGUCAUUGCGAAGAGCCUUUUUUGUUUGUUUGUUUUUUUUUGUUUUAAAGGUGAAAUCCUUGAAAACCACGGACCACUCAUGGUUGAGGGAAAUCUCUGUACUCGAGAUCAGGGUGGGGUAUAUGGCUAAAUGAACCUCUUCAUAGAAAAGUCUCAUAGUUUCAUUCUCCUGACCAUAGGGCCUCUUGUCCCUAUUCUAGAACCCUUCUAUGGCCAGGUAGGGAUGCUAAGGAGAGCUGGGGCAGUGUGAUUGCAACCAAAACCCUGUCUUUUCUGUUGACAUGUGUAGGAUCAAAGGAUCUUCAUACAAAAUUGAUGUUUCUUUUCCUUUUUUUUUUUUUUUUUUUACUGAAAAUGGAAUAAAAAAUCUGUUUAAUAUUUAA